AUGGAUCCCCGCCGCCGCUCGAGCUCCAGCUACCGUGGCGUCCCCGCGCGUCCGAAUGGGACGUUCUACGCCGAGAUUCGGAGCGCCGACGAGCGCAUCGGGCUCGGGACGUUCGAGACGGCGCACGAGGCGGGAUGCGUACGACGCGGUCGCUUGGCACCUCGGCCGCUCUCGACGGUCCGUGAACUUCGGCGACGUUUGGACACGGCAGCAGGCGGAAGCCCUCACGCCCCGCCGGCCGUCACGCGUGAGGCGAGGCAGCGCCAGGGCGAGCUCGAGCAGCGCCUCGUUUUCGCCGAGCGGGACGAGCACAUGCACCUCGAGUGGGCGCGGCGCUUGCCAAAGGACGUGUCCUGUGGUGACCUUGCAUACAACUGCAUGUUGUAG